GGCAAAUGGGCAGGGACGCUGACUUGCCUGAAUGUAAACAAAUCUAUUUGUAUUUAUAGAGAGAGAAAACCCUAAACUCCUGUCCUAGUAAGUGCAAUUCAGAAUAAUAUCUCAGCAGUGCCUUGGUUCACCAGGUAGAGAAAUGUCAGUGUUCUUGAACUUCUGUGAUGAUGACACAGGAAAGAGCUUCACCGCCCAUCUCAACAAAGCUCUCCUUGAUUUGGGUAUCGCCACCUUCUUCUUCUCACCAACACAAGAACAACCCAGCGGUAUACACAGAGGAAUCGACGACUGUGAGGUCUUUAUAGCCGUCUUUUCUCCAAAUUAUGCUUCCUCUUUCAUCUGCCUUGAUCAGCUUUCUUAUUUAUUGAGUUUGCCGGAGAGGAGGCUUAUCCUUCCUGUGUUUUAUUACGUCGAGCCUGCGCAUGUCCGCUGGCAAAAGGGGCCUUUCCAUGGAGCUUUUGAGGAUCACAAAAAUAAGAAUGGCUUUGAUGAGGAGAAAUUGCAUAAGUGGAGGAAUGGUUUGAAUGAAGUUACCGAACUUUCUGGUUGGGACAUGAAGAAUUACAGGACUGAAGCAAAUUUGGUUGACGAACUUGUUAAGCACGUUUCAGACAAGUUGAAGUACAUAACACAAUUGCAUGUUGCUAAUUAUCCUAUUGGGCUUGAUUCUCGAGUUGCUGAUGUGAUGAGACUCUUAGAUCUUCAUGCUGAUGAUGUUCGAAUGAUUGCUAUCCAUGGCAUGGGUGGCAUUGGUAAAACCACUGUUGCAAAGGCAGUUUUCAACAUAAUUCAUUCUAGUUUCGAUGCCAGUUGUUUCCUAUCAGAUGUUAGGGAAGCGUCACGAACAUAUGGCGGACUUGUUGCCUUGCAAAAACAACUUCUGAAGGAACUAUUUAAUGAAGAUGGUCUAAAUAUAUAUGAUGAUGAGAGAGGCAUCAAAAUUAUAAAAAAUAGGAUUGGGUCUAAGAAAGUCCUUGUUAUAUUAGAUGAUGUUGGUCACCACAAGCAACUCGAAAAAUUGGCUGGUGAACGUGAUUGGUAUUGUAAGGGAAGUCGGAUCAUCAUCACCACCAGAGAUGAGCAUGUGUUGAAUGUGCGUAACAGAGUGGUUAACCAUCAUAUCUACAAGCUUGAGGGAUUGGAUGAUACACAAUCUCUUGAACUCUUCAGUUGGUGUGCUUUUGGGGAGGUCCAACCCGUGCAAGAAUAUGUGAAGCUCUCGAAGGAGGUAGUAUCUAUGGCUGGUGGGCUUCCCUUGGCUCUUGAAGUUUUGGGAAAUUACUUAUGCGACCUGACAAGCAUUGAAGAGUGGAAAGAUGCUGUAGCAAAGUUGAAAAGAAUUCCUGAAGAUGAUGUCAUGCUAAAGCUUAAAAUAAGUUAUGAUGAUUUGAAUGAAAAAGAACAGCAAAUAUUUCUCGAUAUUGUGUGCUUCUUCAUUGGAGAGAACAAAGAUUAUGCGAUUGAUAUAUGGAAAUGUUGUGGCUUCCCCGCUUUAAUUUCCAUAAGAAGGCUCUUGCAAAGGUCCCUUAUAAAGAUUGUUGAUGGGCAUGAAUUGUGGAUGCAUGACCAAAUUCGUGAUAUGGGCAGAUGGAUUGUUGAACUAGAAAACCUGGAUGAUCCUGGAAGCCGUAGUAGGUUGUGGGAUCCCGAUGAGGUCUUUGAUGUGUUGAAGAAUCACAAGGGAACUAGUAAGGUUCGAGGUUUCAUGCACGAUGGAUAUGAAUGGGAGCAGAGUUGGGAAACUGAAGCAUUUAAACCAAUGACCAAUCUUAAGCUACUCAGCAUCAAUCAAGCAUCUCUUAUUGGAAACUUCAAAUAUCUUUCAUCAGAAUUAGUAUGGCUACAAUGGCAGGGAUGUCGUUUACAGCACCUCUCAGAUGAUUUUAGCCAUGAAAAGCUUGCUGUCCUUGACUUGUCAUACAGUGAUGCUAUCGUUGACUUGUUAAACAACAAUAUAAAGGAGCUCUUCCCGAAGUUGAAGGUUCUUGAUCUCAGUUGUUGCUAUAACUUAGAGAGAAUUCCCAACUGUUCUCUAUACCCAAACUUGGAGAAGUUGAUUCUUGAAGAUUGCUUGAAAUUGGUUGAUAUUCCUGACUCCAUAGGCCUUCUAGGGAAAUUAGUUUAUCUGAAUCUUAGAGGAUGUUCGAGCCUCAAGGAACUGCCAGAUUCAAUUGGCUCACUAGUGAACCUUGAGGAGCUGGAUGUUGGUGGCUGCAAGGAACUCAGUAGACUCCCAGCAUCAAUGGGAAGGAUGAGGUCAUUGCGUUAUGUAGACUUGUGGCAAACUGCUAUAGCCAUGUUGCCUGAUGAAUUUGGACUUCUUCCCAACUUGGAGAAGUUGAAUAUGCGAGGGUGUGGACAGUUAAAAGAGCUCCCAGAAAGCAUUGGACGUCUUACAAGUUUAAAGACUCUCGAUAUAGGCUACAACUCCAGUUUAACAAGGCUUCCAACUUCUUUGUCAGCCCUUUGCUCAUUGGAGAAAUUGGAUGCAUCCAAUUGUAACCUGCAGGGGAUGAUUCCUGAAGAUUUUGAAAGGCUAUCCUCAUUGAAAACCCUUCAUCUCAGUGGGAUCAAUUUCCAAGGCCUGCCCAGUAGCAUGAUGGGCUUUUCUCAACUAGAAGCACUGUCUGUACAUAAUUUUGAGCAGCUGGUAGCUAUCCCUGAGCUCCCCAGCAAUUUGAAACAUCUGGAUGCAUUCCAAUGCCAAAGUUUGCAAACCAUGCCCAAGCUAUCUCACCUUUCUAAGCUAGUAAGCUUAAGUGUUGUAGAAUGUGGUGGGCUCGUAGCCAUCCAGGAUGUCCCCUCCACUUUAGAAAUUUUGAAUUCUUCCAACUGCAUAUCGUUGCAAAUUAUACCCAACCUCUCUCAACUUUCUCAACUUCAAGUAUUGGAUCUCACAAACUGCAAUAAACUGGUUGAGAUACAGGGUCUCAGUUGCUUAAAAUCUUUGAGAAUAUUGCACUUGAAUGGGUGCAACCCUCACGCUUUGAGGGGUCAAACGCUAGCAAAGGAAACAUUUAGAAGUCUAGAGAAAUUAAGUAUUCCAGGAAGCAAGGUUCCAGAUUGGUUCUUGUGUCACAAUCUGUCAUGCACACUGCCGAGACUUUCAGAUGUGAACCUCCAUAUUAAAGAAGUGCUGCUUUGCUUUGUUUGUUCUCCGGACGACACUGCUCCUAACAAUCCCUAUCUUAAGUUAUUAAUCAAAAGGGAAUGUGAGGUACAACAAACUCUUUCAUUUGGAUUAAAUCCAUUGCUCCACCAAAAUCAAAUGUAUUUUUAUCGUUUUCGAGAUGGUGAUUUGUCUGAGGAGAACUCGUGGAAAGAUGGGGAUCAAAUUGAACUUGUAUGUAGUUCCAUAGUAUGCCUGAAGGGAGGGAUCCAUCUGGUAUACAAACCAGAAGACACGGAGGAUUCCAUGCAAGAAAGAUUGGCUGACUUCUUCAAUACAUUGCUUACUGAAUGACAAUUUACAGCCUCAUAAGGUACCAACGAUUUCAGUUUUGGAUUGCUAAAUAAUGCUUACUUUUAAUAAAAAUAUAUUCAGAAAGGAUUUACAAAUGUGAGCUGCCUUUUUAUUCAAUGAUAAUUUACUCAAUGACUUCAAAUGAAAACAGCAGGUCUUUGCCUCAUUUCGUUCUUCUUUGAUUCUCGAUUACCUCCUAUGAACAAAUACUUUACUUCAAAUGGACAAAGCAUGCCUUUGCCUCAUUUGUUUCCUUCUUUGAUUCCCGAUUGCCUCCUCUGAAUCAAAAACUUGCUAAAAAAAGCUAUAUUAUAUUGAAUCUUGAGCGUUGAACUAAAAAGUGCCAACAUUUAUAGUAUUGUAUAACUCUUGCUGGACUCUCUCUCUCUCUCUCUCUCUCAUGUGUCUGCGGCCAUGCCAGGUGUACAGGUCUCUGUGGCAUGACAUAUUGCACACAGAAUUUUAUAUAUAUGUGAUUUCUUUAAGCAUGCUGCUGUUCUCUUGGGUAUGCAAAACAUGAUGAAUUUGCCACAUGUGCAGGAGGCUGUGAGCUGUCAAUUUUCAUUAUGUUUUUUGUUAUUUCCUUGUUGGGAUGGAGUAAUGUGAUUGAGAUAUUCAAGAUCAAUUUUGGUGAGAGCAAAUCUGAGCUUGAAAGGAGCAUCUUCUUCUAUUACAUGUCUUUUAUAUUAGAUCAGAAAUCAACAUCUUGCCAUGUUGCAGAAUGAAGUCUUUAGCAGCUAUAAAAACCAUCCAUGGCCAUCUGAUAAACCAGGAUUCUUUUGAAACCUGCUCUUAUAACCAUCUUCUCCUCCAUUUAAAAUCUUUUUGAAACAAUGAACACAAGUGCCUCUUCCUGUCAUUUGAUGCCACAAUUUUUUUUAUUUUUUUAUUUUUUUGAAAUAUGUGGUUGCUGCUACAUUGUAGUAACACCCCUCUUAAAAGCUUUUUGGAUAAAAAAAGACCAGCUUAAGAGGGAUAAACUCAAACUCAAAAGCACACUUUCAUUGUGUUAGUUUGUUCCUAUUUAUAGAUAUCUCAACAAUAUUUAAUGCUUGUGUAAAGGAUAUUUAUAGAUAUUUAACAAACCAAAAGUUGAGACUUGAAGAUGGAACUCAUAUGGUUGAUGCAAAAUAUCUUAUAGGUCUAGUUGUACUGAUGUACUUUACCUCACAAAAGACCUUACCUGUUUGUUGUAAGUCUUUUGUCAAGGUUUAUGCACUAUCCAACUCAGUAUCAUAUGGGGGCGGCUAUAGGGGUGAGAAUUGACCCGAUCCGAAUCUGAAACUGGAUUUCAGACAUUCGAAUCCAGGUUUGGACCUAAAAUUUGGAUUUGGAUCCAAAAAUUAAAUCCGAAUGAAAAUCUGGAUCGGAUCCGAGUGCAGACCUGGAUCCAUAUCUGAAUUCAACUCGAUUUUUUAAGUAGUAAAUUUAUAUAUAUAUAUAUAUAUAUAUUUUUUAAAAAAUAGUAUAUAAUUCGGAUAUGGAUUUCGAUCCGGAUCCAAUGGAUACUAUUCGGAUCCUAAUCUGAAUCCAAAUAUUCAGGAUCCAGAUACGGAUCUGGCCCCGAUCUGACCUGUUCUCACCCCUAGGCGGCUAAAAGAAUACUGCAUUAUAUAUGUUGAAUAUCAAGCUAUGGACUUUGGUAUACUGAUGUUUAUAAUUUUGAGUUAAUUGGCUAUAUUGAUAGUGCCAAAUAGUUGUUUGAUGAGAUUCAUUAACCAAAUUUUGUCUCAAUUUCUACUGUCAUUUCCACUUUUUCUCAUUCAAACCAACCUCAGAACUGCUUAAUUCUACUAACAUGGCUGCAAAUUCAUGGCUGCUCACCAUAUGAAUUUGGCUUCUUGACCAUUUUGAAGCUUGUUGAAGCCUCAAAGCUAUAAAUCAAGGCAAGCAAAUUUACACAGUUGAUUCUUAUCUGCUUCUAGUUCAGAUCCAUUUGUCCAAACAACCAUGGUUGAUUAUACUCCAAAAUUGGGGAAUUAGAGAGCAUAAAUUGGGUUUUUUCUGAAUUUUCCUGAUGUGAUAUUCUUCUAUACAAUGCCACGAUUGUAGGGUUGGUGAACUUGGGUCAUGGAGUUGAUGCUCUUCUACUCUUUGUAGAGGCUUUAAGGAUUGGGCUAUAAGGCUCAAAGGGCUUUGAUGAGCUAAGAGAACCAGGGAAACUGGUUCAGGGUUUUCUGAUUUUAAAAUUGGGUUGGAUUCUAAUGGAUUUUUGGGGGUUUGAUUUAUGUUAUAUUUGGCAACAUAUCCAGUGUGAGAAAGUCCUCGAUCGGGGUUUCAACUUCAGUCCUUGACAUGGCCAUGUGCAAUGUGCUGAUUGUUGGGUAUUCUCAGAAUGGCUUCUUUGAAUCUGUCCUAGAGUUCUGUAGAGAGAGGACAGCAGUCGGUUUUGCUCCAAAUGGAACGACUUUUUGGGGUUGUUAUUAGAGCUUGGAGUGGCUUGAAACUGUUGGACUUUGGAAGGUCACAUCGUGGGUUGAUUGUGAAACUAAAAUUGAACUCAAAUGUAAUUGCCUGCACUUCUCUUUUUGUAUGUAAAAUACGUGAUUGUUGAAGAAAGUCUUUUUAACUAAAUGAUUCAGAAUAAUGCUUUUUCGUAUAAAUUAGUGAUGGGUCUGUUAAUUAAGAGAGGGAACUCUAGAGAGGCUAAUGCAUUCUCAAAAUAUGUAUACAACAGCCUUAAACUCAAUCAGGGAAACUUUAUGGCGCUCUUGAAAUGCUUGUAGUUCUUUGGGGUUCACAGAAAACAUGAAACUAGUCCAAGUGAUCAAACAUGGGUUUGACUUGGAUCUAAUGGUAAAAAUGCUCUUAUUGAUGCCAUGGUCAAAGGGGGAGGCAAAACAGAUGCACAAAUAGUUUUCGGGGCGAUGCAAAAAAGGAGCAUUGUAUCAUGGACAACGGUGAUAGUGGGCUUCUCUCACUUGGGUUUCAAUAAAAAGGCAUUGGAGUUUUGAGAGAUGCGAAUGGUCAACAUGAAAAUGAACCAUUUCGUGAUGUCAAGCAUUUUUGAGGGCAUGUGCAGGCUUAGCUUCCCUUAGGCAAGGGAGAUGUAUCCAUGGAUAUGACAUAAAGAAUGGGAUCAUGCAUGGUGUUAGAUAGCUUUCUUCUGGACAUGCAUGCUAGAUCUGGGGCUUUGGAGUAUAGUUGCAGUGUAGUGAGUGUUUUAAAACCUGGCCAAGUCCACUUGGACUUGGCCGAGUAACUCGACCUCGACACCUGCUCAGGCAAGGUUUUGGGUCCAACUCGAGCAUUAAAAUAUCAGAAAUUUGGUUUAAAAAACACUAACUAAUGCUUUGGAAAAAAAUUGCUAUAAAAUUUUAUUUUUUUGGUGAUGAGGCCAAGAGGUGAUUUUACUUUUUAAUAUCUAAAAACAUUGUUCUAAUUAAUAUAUUGCUAUUUUUGGCAUGUUUGAUGAUUUUUUAAUAAUUUUACAUAUUUUUUAUUUUUUUAUUUACUUCGUGAAUUUAUGACCCGAACUUGCCUUGGCCAUAGGGUGAGGCCGAGUUGCUUGGCUGAGUCCGAGUGGACUCAGUUGUGUCCUUGAAUACUUGUCCUAACUUCUAACCAUUGUUUAAAAAAUUUCAAUCUGAUUUCCAACUUGCCUUAGUCAGCUGGCUUGGAAUAGGAUCCUGGCGAGUGUAGUGGCGAAACUUGGCCUGAGUUUCACCCUUCACCUUACUGUUUAUGUUAGGAAUCAUCAGUCUGAAUCAGGGAAUGCCUUCUGAUUCAUGUUUGGGACCCUUGUGAGUUCCAGCCCGAGUUGUGGUUUUAAACAUGGUUCUAACCUAGAGGGAUGCCAUUAUCAACAGUUAUGUGAGUCAAGAGUUGGUUGGCUUGGCUAUUCGGAAAAUUGUGUUGUAAGUAAAUUCGAAUAUAAUGACCAAUAAACAGUAAAGGAAAAAAAAGGAUAUUUCAUGGCGAUGGGAAAAAAAAUGCAUAAAAUGAAAACAGUCAAGUAAAAAAUAUUUCAUCUUAACAUUUUAUAUAUUGACAAUGCCUAUUGCAAAUUGAGGUUCACGAACUGUUAGAACCUUUUGAUUGUCGUUGUGCUACUGUUGAUAUUUAUGGAUCUAGGUUCAAGCUCUGUUGAUCCAUCUACCAUCGUUUUAGAGCGGUUGGGUUCCUUUUUCAUUGUCGCACUUGUAAUUUCUUGGUUUAUGUAGCUUUCUAGUCUUCAGUUAUACUGCAUUCAAGACUAUAAAGACAACAUUACAAAGUGUCAUGGCAUUUGUAUUUUUGGGUUAUGUAGCUUUCUAUUCUUCAGAUGGUAAACUGCAUUCAAGGCAAGCAAAGCUUAUUUUUCCUCAGGCUCAACAAGAGUAUAAUGACAACAUUAGCAAGUGUGGCAUUUCAAUUUUUCUUUGGACAAGACCUGUACAUCCCUGUGGGAUUGCCUUUGUUUUGAAAUGACCUUAAUCAGUUUGAGACAAGUUGAUUCUGCUUAUAAUAUGAAAUGUAACUAUUGGCAAUAUUUAAAAGCAACUUUGAAUAUUUUCUGGAUUAUCAGGCAUUCAAAGUGGUUGCCAUUGAUUCAGCUCUAUAUCUCCUCACUCAUGUAGUCAAAAAAAAUUGGACCUUAUGAGCGGGAGGUAAAGGUACGAAUACCUGCCAUGUUUCCCUAUGCGGUUAAAUUUUUCCAAAAGCAUUACUCAUUUUCAAGUUCUACUUCUUGUAGGUCACAAAGGUUGUUCCAGCAAUGGCAGAAAUGUUUAAAGAUACGCGGAUGAAAAAUGCUCGGAUUGAAGCAUAUGGGCAGAUAUUAAAAUGAAAAGUUUUGACAAAGUUUUACAUGGCUGCCUACCUAACACAACCCACCUUCUUUACCCAGGCUUAGGACGGGGUACGGGAAAGUUUAAGGUCCUUACCCUUCUUUAGAUCUAGCCAGAUAUUGAAAUGAAAUGUUUCAAAAUAUGAUGUGGUCAUGGUCCUUCAUAUUAAGCUCCAAGUGUGUGCAAGUUUGAUUAUGGAACUUCAACUUGAUGGGAUCUGCAUUUUUGUUAAUUAAUUUUGUUAUUUGCAAUUUGUGGAUUCUUAAAAGUGUGUUAUCACAUCAACUUCGUAGGCUCCUACUUAAUCUUUUGUUUCUUCACUGGAAGCCAUAAGGAGAGCUGAAGCUGUGGGCAAUAAUGUAUUGACCUUGGUUGUGAUAUAUUGGAUUAAAAAUGGUGAUUAUCAAUUGUCAUUUUUUA